AUGCAGCGUGAGCAAGAGGCAAAGGAUCAAGAGCUCCGCCGACGCUUGAUGGAGAACAACAUCUAUGCAGGCUAUGGCAAAAGCGAGCUCAACGUCGAAAAGAAGCGCAGAGCACUGUCAGAGGCCAAUGAACGCCGUGAGCUUUACAUGGAUUAUAGUUUUGUGAAGACGGAGCAGGACAAGACGAAAAGAGUCCAGAUAGCGCAAUUCGAAGAGCAGUUGGCAGACGAACUGGCCAAGAGGAAAGCUGAGCAAAUGCGCCACGAUAUGGAUCGUCGACGAAUCUGCGACGGCUCCGAAGAGCUGCGGGUGCUGAAGGAAAGGCUCCAUAUGGCCAAGGUCAACAAGGAGCGUGCUCAGCAGCUCCUCGAAAUCGAGGUGCGGAAAGAAAAGGACCGCAUAACGGGCCACUUGCUGGCCGAACAUAUGGAAAACGAGAGGUUGGAGCAGCAGGAGCUGGAGCACAAGUUGGACAUCGAGAAGAAGAGGCAGCGAGAGCGCGUCAAGGUGAUCAACCAGCAGCAGAUUGCGAUGAAAGAGGCACAGAGAGAAGAGGCCAUGCAAGAAUACAUCAAGGAGCGCAAUCAGGUAGAAGAGCUGGUGGCUAAAAUUGCAGACGAAGAUGCGAACGAGGCGAAAGCUCGAGCGGAGAAACAAAUGGAGUCACGGGUCAUGCUGCAGCAAUUCAUGGUGGAGCAGAAGGCAAACCAGGAGAAGUUGGAGGCAGAGGAGAAGGCAGAAAAUGAGCGCAUUGAGCAGUUUGCGCGGGACAAGCGCGAACGGGAGGAACGGCUGGAGCAAGAGCGGCAGGAAAAAGAGAAGGAGAAGCUCCGCAUUCUAAAUGCGAUGCUCGGCCAGAUGGAGGCCAAGAACAAAGAAGCAGAGGAGCUGGAGCUGUUGCGGAACGACUUGCAUUUGGAAGAACUUGAAGCCGAGUCGCGCAGACGUGAAGAGAUGCAGAUGCGGAAGAAGUUGGAAGACAAAGAGGAGAUGAAGAAUGCCUAUCUCGUCCAGAUGCGGGCAAAAGAGGAGAAGAUGCUGCAUGCCCGCGAGGAGGAGGGCAGGAUGCGCGAAGAGCUGCUCAAGAAAUUUGCUGAAGACGAUCGCUUGGAGCAGCUCAAUGAGCAAAAGCGCCGCAUGAAGGUCGAGCAACACAGGCGGGAGGCAGAGCGCCUGGUGGAACUUCGCCGCGAAAUGUAUGAACUUGCCCGAGCUCAAGAGCGCGAAGAGCAAGAUGCGCUUCGCAAGGAUGAGGACAAGCGCCGCCUGAUCAUCGAGGAUGAGCGCAGGAGGCUGCUUCGUGAGCACGGACAAGAGCUCAAGAAGUUCCUGCCAAAGCACACUCUGGAAAGCAUGGAGGACUACAAGCUACUUUUCGGUGAAGAAGUGAUCUUGCCGGAGCACUUCAGUUUCAAUCACAAUUGGCAGAACAAAGCGUUGCCAACCAUGAGGUGUUCAACUACAUGCAAGCCUAUGCACUGCCUGCUGUGCAUCUAG